AUGAAACGCGAUGCGCGCUCCAGCAGAUGAGAUGCAGGAGCGCAACAGCAACAGCCGAGCGCAAAUUGCAAACGCGCAACUACAAUGACAACUUCCUGAUAUCUCAACCAAAAGUUUAUUCGAACUCUUUGCGCUUUUGUUUGCAAAAAAGCAUUGGCUUUCUUCUGUGUGCUGUGUGUGGUUUUAUGACUGAUAACGAAAUGAUUUCAUCACUACCCUCUAGACAUCUGCUGAAGUGGACAUCUGCAGUUGGGAUACUGUGGUACCUGUUGAUUCAGUGUGAUUGUUACAAUCUGGAUGUGGAGCAUCCUUUAGUUUUUCAUGGACCCAAUGGAUCAUUUUUCGGAUAUUCGGUUCUGCUUCAUCAGCAUGCUGAGGACACAUGGCUGAUGGUUGGAGCGCCUGUGGCCGAUUCCAGCUUUUAUCCUAAAACCAAAAAUCCUGGAGCCAUCUACAACUGCAGUGUUUGGAGCUCCCAAUGUGAGCAGCUGCCUGUUGGAGAUGUACAGAAAUGUGGAAGACACUGUCUGGCAGAGAAUGAUAACCAGUGGCUGGGUGUGAGUCUGUCCCGGCAGCCUUCACAAGGCCAUGUUUUGGCUUGCGGACAUCGGUGGAAGAAUAUCUACUACUCUAGUAAAGACAAUCAGAACAAGCUGCCGCAUGGUGUUUGCUUCAGACUCAGCCCAGAUUUGAAACAAGCCAAUCAUAUUAUUCCUUGCUAUAAAGAUCAUCAAAGGAAGUUUGGUGAUGGUUAUGGGUCGUGUCAAGCAGGAUUAUCAAAUUUAUUAACAGAGGACCUGAUGGUCAUGGGUGCUCCUGGUACCUCAUACUGGACCGGAUCCGUUCUUGUCUACAACACCACAAGCAACAUUUCAGCUGCUUAUGUGGAUGAUGACAAUGAAGUUCUCUAUGGCAGCUAUUUAGGUUAUGCAGUUAGUGCUGGACACUUUCUAGACCCUCAAAACACUGAGAUAGUGGGUGGUGCUCCCCAGCAUGAACAGACUGGUAAAGCCUACAUAUUCAGGAUUGAGGGCAACACUUUGAAAAUUGUUGCCAAAACCAAGGGCAAGAAGCUCGGCUCUUAUUAUGGAGCUAGUGUGUGUGCGGUUGACCUGAAUGCAGACGGGCUGUCUGAUCUGCUGGUUGGGGCGCCUAUGUUCAGCUCAGUGAGGGAGGAAGGACGUGUUCAUGUCUACAUAAACCAGGGAGAGGCUGAAAUGAAAGAGGCAAACUUUGAAUUAGUUGGGAGUGACUCCUAUGCAGCACGUUUUGGAGAAACCAUUGUGAACCUUGGCGAUAUUGAUGAUGACGGAUAUCCAGAUGUGGCCAUUGCAGCCCCUCAGGAGAACGAUCUCCGUGGUGCUAUAUAUAUCUACAAUGGGAGGAGAAGUGGUAUUGCAUGGAGUUUCUCUCAAAGAAUAACGGGCUCUUUGUUGGGCAAUAACUUCAGGAUGUUUGGCCAGUCAGUGUCUGGAGGAGUUGAUAUUGAUAGCAACAAUUAUCCAGAUGUUGCAGUGGGAGCUUUCCUGUCAGACUCAGCUGUGGUGUUCAGAACGCGUCCAGUAGUGAAGGUGGAUGCUGUCAUGUUGUUGCCUGAGAGCUUGAACCGGUCCAUAGCCCAAUGCACAGAGAAUGGUCUUCCUGCCGUGUGUGUCAAUGUUAUGGUGUGCUUCAGAGUCAGAGGAAAACAAAUCCCGGGAAACAUAGAACUGAAGUACAACAUAACAGCUGAUGUUCACCACAAAGAUGGAUUCCCUUCUCGUUUUUAUUUCAAUGGAAACGGCACAUCCAAUGUUACAGCAGGCAGAGUGAAGGCCAAGCAUGAUCAGCUCAUCUGUGCCACCCAUCAGGCCUUCAUGAAGAAAGACAUCCGGGAUAUCUUCACACCCAUCCAUUUUGAGGUGAAAUAUGAACUUGGAGAGCACCGUGUGCUACAGAGGGACUCAGUGGGCUUGCCUUCUCUCAAACCCAUUCUACAGCAGAAGGAUGAACAGGCCAAUGUCGUGAAAAACAAGACCAUAUUUGCCAGAUAUUGUUCCUGGGAAAACUGCUCAACCAACCUGCAGGUUUCUGCUCAUUUAGUUUUACUGCAGUCCUACAGGAACAUGCCAUACUUUGCUCUGGGGAAUGGGAAAAGCAUCAUGUUAAACACCACACUGGUCAAUAUUGGAGAUGAUGCUUUUCUACCCAAACUUUACUUGAGGUUUCCCAGUAACCUGCAUUUCAUCAAAGUGCUGGAGGAAGAUAAAUACAUCAGCUGUGAAAUCGCAGAGGAGAAUAAAGUAGCUAUCGGACUGGAUUGCAAUGUUGGGAAUCUACACAUCCCUCCUUUCUCAAAGAUCAACAUCACCUUUUUACUUGAUGUGAUGCAGAACAGCAGCGGGGGAAACCUUAGUAUUAACAUCAAUGCCACGAGCGAGAACUUUGAGAACACAGAUCUUCAGCACGACAACGUGGUCGUUCUUACGCUGCCCUUGAGAUAUGCAGUUGACUUAAAUGUUCACGCAUUUGUCUCUCCGACUUCAUUUCUGAUUGGAGAACAAGAGUCUGUGCCGGUCGACUGCUAUCCAGAGAAGUUCAAUUAUACGUACAAGAUGAUAAAUAUGGGUCCUAGUAAAGCUCUUGAUGCGAAAGUAAAGAUUGGCUUGCCUCUGAUGCUAGUGCCAUACAAAUACCAGCUAAUCAGCAUCACCGAUUUACAGACAACUCUUGGGCAUUGCUUCCAGAGGAACAAUACAGUUCAGAUUAUUGAUGACUGUGACAUCCCCGAACCUUCUUUUAUUCAAGAACUUGUGUUCUUUUUCUCCCCAAAAAGCAAGCGCAUAAUGUUCUGUGGUCCUGAAGAUAAGACCUGUAGGAUGGUGGAGUGCCACUUUGGUGACUUGGAGGUUGGAAAGGAAGUUGCCAUCACAAUGGAAGUGGAGCUCAACCCUAGGGUUCUCCAGAUGAGUCCAGGAAGACAUGCUGUCAUGAUGAUACAAGGCAUGAUUGACCUCAUUUCACCUGUAAAAGAUGCCAACACCAUCCUAUUACAGGAUGAUGUUUUUGCUACAGUGUUCUUGGAGGCUCUGUACAGCAAUAAGCCUGUAAUGGCUGUGCAUAUUUUUCUAAUAGUAUCCAGUCUGAUUGUUGGACUGAUCAUUUUAGCACUGCUCGUCCUCACCCUUUGGAAGUUUGGAUUCUUUGAGCGGAAGUUGAAGAAGGAGAAGUUUGACCGGGACAGUUGGGACUAUGUACCUAAGAAAGAAAGUGUGUCAUAAUAUGGGAUUGACACCUCAUACAAAACCAAGAAUGGAAGAGACAAACCAUGAAGGACUAAUGCUCUGUCGACAUCAGGAGCUGGACUCAUGAUAACCUAUGGCCAUUAACUGUAAUGGUUGAGAACAUUUAUCGCAAAGCGAUGAGGAGUACAAAAACUAUCAAAAGAAUUAGCAUUUUCUGUCAGCAGGAUGAAGCCAAUGCACUUUAGAGUAUGGAACAAACUACAUGUGUUCAAUGAAUCGCUCCGGGACUGUUGUGCCAAGAGAAAAAAGGAUUCAGAAUGUAUUGUUUCUACAGAACGUUUCGGCUCUUUUCCAAAACCUAUUGAGCAAUCUUGUUGGAGGAGGUUCCUAAAGGUAGGAAGCGUGGUCAAAUUGUAAGGCAGUGCCACGAAUACAAUUGAUAAGGUGCAAUUUGAGUUCGGAUUCUGCCUUAACAGCUGCCUAUUUAGAUUGUAGACUGCAAGGCAGCUCACUAGGUUUUGGAAUGGAGCCUAUGAUCACUGAACAACAUAUUGACUAAUGGUCUGCUGUAGAGGAGAAAUCGCACUGCUGUAGCUUUUCUUACUAAGGUUAUUGCUAUGUAUAUCCGAAGAGAGACUCGCUCUUUUAUGCCAGCAAGUUAGUAUACACUCCACAGGGGUGAAUCAGGAUUUUCUGGCACUUUCCAUCACCCUUUCCGAAGCACAACAUUGCUGUGAUAAGGGUUUUCACACCUUUGCAUCACCGUGGUAUUGGUACUCCUUGCAAAAAAAAAAUGACACGCAUUCUCUCUCUUCCAAAGCUCUAGCUGCUGAUUUCAAUAGUUAGAAGUUUAACGGAGACGCCAGAUGGAAGGAGCGAGUGUUUGCUGUGUGCUCUGGCUGGGUGCCAUGGAAACAGGGCAAAGGAGGCUGCUGUUGUGUGUGGAUGCUGCGCUACAGAACAGUGACAGGAUUGGCGUGUGUCUGGCUCCCAGCCAUUGCUUAAGAGUCUGUGUUCAUUUAUAGGACAGAAAGUCCAUAAAUAUACAACGCACCAUCACCUCUCACUCAUAUGCAGGCCCAUACUGAAUCUGCACGUGAAUAAAGCUUUAACAGUUAUAUUUAAGGUUAUAAAUUAAACAUAAAAAAACUAGCACUGAUAAAUUGAUUCAAUAAAUAACAAAUAGAAACUAAAAGUGUUCACUCAAUUUCAACCCAAACAUUCUGUAAAAUUACAAAGAAAAUUUUAUUUAAUUGUCCAAACCUGAUUUUCAUGUCAAAAAUAUUGUAUGCAGAAUGAUCUUUUUGCAGCUGUCAUAAGAAAUGAAAGUUAAAAAAAAUGCCUAAAUAUUCAAACAACAAAAUAAAAAAAAUUAAUAUACAUUU